AGCGGGGCAUAUGGGGAUGGGGGGAAAAACCCUCAGUGGAGCUGGUAAGAUUCAGGAGCAUAGUGAGAUGGGGGCUGGCCUCAUCCUGCACUUCCGUCAGCAUGGCCAUGGCUGGGGGCCAGGAGAAACCAGCAUGCCAGCAAAGAGCAAUCCUGUCCAACCUGUUCCUCCAGGCUCAGGGCCUCAGAACUGACUGCUGUUCCCAGCUGGAGUGCCCGGCACUGCAGAGCUUGGAGCCUCCAGUGGAGGGCAGGCCAGAGGGGAAAGGUGGCUGGCAAAACAGCAGGUAUGCUGAUGGGACCCAGGCAUCCUGGCCCCAAACUAGGAGUGUGACCCCACUCCUCCCCCAGUACCCAUUUAUAGGGUCAGGUCAGUUUGGGUACAAGAACGAGGACGCUCGUCCCCCCUCAUGCUCACAGAGGUGCAGCACUGCUGAUGCUCAGUUUUAACUCACCUGUCCUGUAAUAGAUCCCUGGGCCAGAUUCUGGCACUGAUGCAGUGUCCCUAGGAUGCUUCUCCUCCUUUGGUGGUUUUUCUGUAAAACAGAGGCAGUGGAGGGAGGUCAGGAAACAGCACAUUGGUUGAACUGGUCACAGGAUGGAUCCUCUGCAACUUCUUCCCACCAGGAAAUUCCUACCUUAAAAGAAGCCCAUUUUUGUCCUCAAAGAUUGCAAAACCCCAAGAGGAGCAGCCUGAUGCCCUCCCGCACCCAGUCAUGUGUGCCAAGGGGACCCUCAGCUGGGGACCAUCCCCGGCCGGCACAGGGGGCUGGUUUGGGGUUGGCCAAUGCGGUCAGCCCUGCCUUCCCGGAAGGUGGCCUUUGAAACUACCGGCAUUUCCUCGAAGGCUUCUCAGGGGAAAGUCCCCGCGGUGCAGUUCCCGCAGCCGGGAUUGCCGCACCGCCUGCUCCCUCCAUAAAACGUCGGGCAGGCAGCGGCAGGCGCAGGCAGGCAGCAGCAGGAGCAGGGACAUCGCACCAUGGGCAACUGGCUGGUCAACCACUGGUUCUCGGCCGCCGUCCUCGCAGCCUGGCUGGGCAUCAACAUCUUCCUCUUCACUUACUACUUUCUGUUCUUUGACCAAGAUGACCGAUAUUUCUACACCAGGGCCAUCCUCGGGUCUGCCUUGGCGUGGGCUCGAGCAUCAGCCAAGUGCCUCAACUUCAACAGCAUGCUGAUCCUGCUGCCCGUCUGCCGCAACCUCCUCUCCUUCCUCCGUGGGACCUGCUCGUGCUGCAGGCGGACGCUACGAAAGCAGCUGGACCACAACCUCACCUUCCACAAGCUGGUGGCCUACGCCCUGGCCCUGCUCACAGCCGUGCACACCAUUGCCCACCUCUUCAACCUGGAGCGCUACAACCAGAGCCAACAAGCCACUGACGGCAGCCUCCCCGCUGUCCUCUCUAAGAUGCACCUGCAGGACAACAAGUGGCUGAACCCCAUCCACUCUAAUGAGACAACCGUUGAGUACAUGGCUUUUACAACCAUCCCGGGGCUGACGGGGGUCAUCAUCACACUGGCACUCAUCCUCAUGGUCACAUCCUCCACCGAGUUCAUCCGCAGGAACUACUUCGAGGUCUUCUGGUACACACACCACCUCUUCCUUGUCUACUUCGCUGGCCUUGUCAUCCACGGCAUUGCCGGGCUGGUGCGUGGGCAGACAGAGCAGAGCAUGGCAGAGGUGGACCCCCAUCGCUGCGCCCAGUACCUCACACAGAGGGACCAGAACUGCACCCACCACUGCUGCAAAGACCCUGAGUUUGGGAGCAUCCCUGCUGAGUCCUGGAAGUGGGUUCUGGCCCCCAUCAUCCUCUAUGUCUUUGAGCGGAUCCUCCGGGUCUGGCGUGCGCAGCAGAAGGUGGUUGUCAAGAAGGUGGUCAUGCACCCUGCCCGUGUGCUGGAGCUGCAAAUGCAGAAGAAGGGCUUCCGCAUGGAGGUGGGGCAAUACAUCUUUGUCAACUGCCCCGCCAUCUCCCCGCUGGAGUGGCACCCCUUCACCCUCACCUCUGCACCCGAGGAGGACUUCUUCUCCAUUCACAUCCGGGUGGCUGGAGACUGGACAGAGCGUCUCAUCGACACCUUCCAGUCAGAGAACCCCAGGAUCGAGGUGGAUGGUCCAUUUGGCACUGCCAGUGAAGACGUGUUCCAGUACGAGGUGGCCAUGCUGGUGGGAGCGGGAAUCGGCGUCACUCCCUUCGCCUCCAUCCUGAAAUCCAUCUGGUACAAGUUCCAGCAGGCUGACCAGACCCUCAAGACCAAGAAGAUCUACUUCUACUGGCUCUGCCGGGACAGAGAAGCCUUUGCCUGGUUUAACGACCUGCUUGCCUCGCUGGAGCAGAAGAUGGCCGAGUCGGGCAAGGCGGACUUCCUCACCUACCGCCUCUUCCUCACUGGCUGGGACACCAGCAUUGCCAACAACGUGGCACUUCACUUUGACACCGCUACGGACACGGUGACAGGCCUCAGGCAGAAAACCAUCUUUGGGCGGCCCAUGUGGAACACAGAGUUUGCAGUAGUGGCUGAAGCCCACCCCAGGUCGGUGGUUGGUGUGUUCCUCUGUGGGCCGGAGGCCCUGGCAAAGAGUCUGCAGAAGUUUUGUCACCAGCACUCCAGUCUGGACCCCAGGAAGGUCAAAUUCUACUUCAACAAGGAGAACUUCUGAGUAGCAGCGAGGCUGGAACCCCAGUGGGCAGGGACAUUGCCUGUCUCACCUCACCUCCUGUGCCAGAGCAAGGCCAGGGAUAAGCAUCUGUGCAUGCACUGAAGCCAGGCAAGACACAGCAAGGUACUCCUUUCUCCAUGAGAAAUUCCUGGUUCAAAGACUGCUGCCUGCCUGUCCUGGUGUACAAGGGAUCCUCAUGGAGCCAGUGGGCUGGCAGCUCUACAUGGCCCCUUCACUGACAAACCAGAGACACAUGCUGCAAUGAUGCUGCCAGAGCAGUGGGAAGCAGCAGGAACGCCCAGUGGGCUGGGAAGAACCACAGGACACAGAUGGGACACAGGCAUCAGGGGCCAAACAUGCUCCUCCAGGUUUAAACAGUUCUUUGUGUAAAAGAUUAAAUUAAACUUGCUUUUCUUUGCAA